AUGUUGACGAGAGCCAGAAGACGACAAGGCGCACCCCCACCACCUCCGGACUCGUCGCUCAGCUCCGCCUCGCCGUCACCGGACCCCAGCUCCGCAGGAUCACCGGUGACAGCAGUUGCGUCGAGCUCGAGCGACGACUAUUUCUCCCCGCCGACGUCGCCGACACCUGUACGUCGGCCGGGGAGAGGCCGGCCACCGACGGGCUUGGGAGCCAGGGGCCAACAGGCCCCGGGACGGGUCCCCGCUACCGGUGGUUGUGUGCGGCGCAUGAAAUGGUCUCAAACCAUAAAUGAGAACGUCAUGCGCUCGUACUACGGUGCUACAGAGGGAGGGACUAACCUCACUGCGUACCGUGAAAGGAUGCUGUCUAUGUUUCAGGUUCUUGAGCCAUCUAUCAGCGUCUCGGCCCAACGACUGUCGGAUCAGGUGCGGGUCAUCCAACGCAAUCGCAGGUUGGAUGAGGCUGCGCUUGAUCGGCUACGCCUAGAAGCACUGCGCAAUCGUGUCGUCCCUGCACCACCACAAUCGGUGGCACAAACACCUAUAGUCUCACAAUGUGUGACGCCAACCACCCCUAUCGUUGGUGUGGAGGAUGACAGGGUUGAACAAGUGAGUACUCAGUGCAAUGAACGACUGAGGAGUGCUUUGGAGGAUGCGGUUCGUGAGUAUAGACUUGCUCCUAGCAAUUUAAGACCAAAAUUACCACUUAUUUAUUUAUUAUUUUAUUUGUUAGGUGGGGUAGCUGUAGUCUAUGUGGGACAACCACUUGACACAGUUAAAGUAAAGAUGCAGACAUUUCCACACCUUUAUAAAGGAAUGUAUGAUUGUCUAAAACAGACACUACGUAAUGAUGGAGUGUUCCGAGGACUGUAUGCAGGCACUACUCCUGCUAUAAUGGCUAAUGUAGCAGAGAACUCAGUACUAUUUGCUGCUUAUGGUUAUUGCCAAAAGUUUGUUUGUCGGCUGAGUGGAGUUGAGAAAGUGGAGGAGUUGUCGGCCCUGGGUAAUGCGUCAGCUGGUUUCCUAGCAGCCUUCUUUUCUUCAUUCACACUAUGCCCCACUGAAUUAAUCAAGUGCCAGCUGCAAGCACUGCGGGAAGUCAAUGUGCAGUCUUCACAAACAGUUGUGAAGAUAUCGCCGUUACAGCUUACACAGCAAAUAUUCAAACAGUAUGGCAUUCAGGGUCUUUUUCGAGGCCUCGUGCCGACCAUUAUGAGAGAGAUGCCAGGCUACUUCUUCUUCUUUGGAGGAUAUGAAGGCACAAGAGAGUUACUAAAGAAACCAGGCCAAAGUAAAGAUGACAUAGGAUUCGUAAAAACAAUGAUAGCCGGUGCAGUGGGUGGACUCGUCCUGUGGACUGUAAUAUUCCCCUCAGAUGUUAUCAAGUCAAGAAUACAAAUAUCAAACAAAAGUCAAAAGUUUUUGACCGUCGGAUAUGAAAUUGUACAGAAAGAAGGUGCUCUGGCGCUGUACAACGGACUUAAACCUACCCUAGUACGAACAAUACCAGCGACAGCCGCUCUUUUUGUAGUCUACGAAUACUCAAAGAAGUGGAUGCACCAGUCUUUCGGAGACUAACCCUCUGCAGUUCAGUGCCUUAGUGAAAUUACAAUAUAUUUUUAUAAGUUAUUUAUGAACUGUUACUUAGAUAGGUAGUUAGGAUUAUAACGAGUGUUGCUCGUACAUUCCAGCACCUGAUAAACAAACAAAACAAAACAAAAAGACAGAUUUCGAUGCAUUUUAAGGAGUUUCUGCUCCGGUUAGGUUAAAGGAAAAUUAACAGUGGCGAAACAGUUUCUAAGAGAGUAGAUAAUAUAAUUAAAUAGUUCAACAAGAACCGAUCCGAAACUGCUAAAGAAAUGGCGAAAAUUGUUCAAGCUAUGUCUCUUAAUUUUCGCUAUUGGACCCUAAUUUUAACUUGUGACUUUGACAUGAGAAAGAAUAAAAUGUAAUGUUGAGUAUGUUGACAUAAUAUCUAAUUCUAUAUAGGUUAAUAUUAUUCUGUGCAUUUAUCUUCUUGUUACAAUUAUAUUUUUAUACGAUUGUGAUUAUCCAAAUAAUAAAUAAUGUAAAUCAGGUGAUGCGGGCAAAGGGGCAAUAUUCAUGAGCCAGGUGGGCUAAUCGUGAUUUUUAACAAAUUAGUUUGUAGAAUAAUUAUACAAAUAAAUGAUUGUUAUUAUUC